AUGAUGGAUGUCGGCCAAAAAUUGAACAAUGAGGAAUUGUCAGAAGCUAAAAGCGUCGACAGAAAACAGAAAUUAGCGUCUCAGCGGGUGAAUAUAUCUAUCUAUCUAUCUAUCUAUCUAUCUAUCUAUCUAUCUAUCUAUCUAUAUAUAUAUAUAUAUAUGUUCUCUUCUCUCUCUCUCUCUCUCUCUCUCCGUUUUCGUAUCUCCCUCUUUCUCUUUCUAUCUGUUUCAAGCCUAUCUAUCUCUCUUCUUCUUUUCUCUCUUCAUCUAUCUGUUAACAACACCCUCUCUCUCUCUGUGUUUCUAGUUGCUCGUACUAUCUAUCUAUCUAUCUAUCUAUCUAUCUAUCUAUCUAUCUAUCUAUCUAUCUAUCUCAGUCUGUUCAUACCUAUCUCAAUAUAUACAUAUCUAUCAAUCUCUCUCAAAUUAUUAAUAUCCACGUUUUCCCUUUCUCUCUCUGUUUCCCUUUGCUUAUAUCAUUCUGUGAAUAUUCCUCAUUCUCUCUUUUUGAAAUGCCUUAAUAUCUAUCUAUCUAUCUAUCUAUCUAUCUUUUUCAAUCCGUUCAUUAUUUUCUGUGAUCUAUUUUUAACGUUUUAUUACUUCAAAUCCAUCAAUACUGUCCACAUAAGAGACGUCCUCCUGACCCCAAAUCCUAAAAGUCUCUCCCUCUAG